AUGCACUAUUACGGGGACCGGUAUAGACACCUGUACCUGCCGGGGUGGGGCUAUAGCACCGAAAACCUCCACCAGUGCAUGCCCCACUCUGAUGCAUGCAGUACCACGUGCCACCCACUGAGCGUGACCAAGACCCCGAUGACGAGAUGGCAAAACUACGCUCAAACUUACACUUACGUGUGCCCGCAGCCAAGCGUGACCCAGACUCUGCCCCUGCAUUGUCAACCCUACGUACAGCAGUGCAUCCUGCUGCACCCUGAGCCUUGCGAGACCGCUCACCUUCUGCCCUGCAGGAGAUUCAGCCUGAGCACGGUGCACGAUUGCCAGCCCUGCGAGAAGAAACACCACGAGAAAAAACACACGGCCAAGAGCCUCCCGCCGUGCGCACCCAAGUGCCCGGUGCCGGGCAAACUCAAGUUCCCACCGUGUGGGCUCAAAUACGGGCCCUCCUACGAGGAGGAAUGCAGAUCGCACAAGAUAACCCACUGCUCAGGGCGGGGGUGCUGUGCCGAGCACCGGUCCCCGCAGGGGAUGACCAACAGCUAUUCCCCACCCCUGCGGGGAGUCACCGAGUGCCCCCCACAGCCCUGCAUAAUGCAGCCGUUGCCACACGAGAACGUGAGCAGGUUCCCCCCGCAGAAGUGCAUGAAGGGCUACCCGACGCAGGAGUACAUCCCCUCCUCGCAGCAAUGUGCCACCAAGUGCCCGCCGCGGCCGCAAGCAAUCAAGUGCCCCCCUGGGCAGGCAAUAAAGGAGUGCUCCGCGCAGCACCGCGCAGCCAAAUGCGUGCUGCCACAGGAGGGAGUCAAGCACAAGAGCUCAUCCACGCACCACUUAACCAAGACCAAGUGCCUCUACCCCGGUGCCACCCACCGCUCGCCGCAGCAUCACGUGAGGGCAGUGAAACAUUCGAGCCACCCCAGGAAGAGUCGCUCUGGGUCGAAAUGGCUCUGGUAG